AAGCCAAAAGGGGGCAAUAGUGAGCACCCAACCGUCUCAAGACCAAAAGAACAAGUCCGACCGGAUAAAGCUCAGUUUUACUCCAGAGGCGGAGAGCUGACCCGAGACGAGCCUGUGCGCAGACUGUAAUGACUGUACGGGAAAAACUGUCAAGACCUCGGGGGAUUUGAACCAUGUCGGCUGCUUUUUACGGCUUUCUUUUCUUCUUCUGCCUCCAAACCAGCGCUGUCAGAGCGGAGCUGAAACACCCAGAAAACUUGACCAUGAUUACUUUGAACACCAAUUACACGCUGACCUGGGAUUGGGAUCAGAGUUCAUCAGAAAGCGCCGCUGUCAACUUCACCACACAAUACGUGGCGAAGUUCAGACUGAGGUCUAAAAAAAGUCUGGUUUGGAUCACUGCAUGUGAGAAGACAUCGCAUAGGUCAUGUGACCUUACAAAGUUCAGUCUGUACUUCCUGGGCAUCUACGUACUUCGUGUGCAAGCCAACGUGAAUGGGAAUGUCUCCGCCUGGGUGCAGAAGGAAUUCUGCCCUGAUGAAGAUGCGGAUUUGGGUCCUCCAAACAAAGUGGAUCUGUCUCCUGCUGGAAGUGACCUGGACAUUUUUAUCUCUGAUCCUGUGACCAGCACCAACAAUUCCAUGAAGGAAAAUCAUCCUGAGCUGUAUUACCACAUUGUUUACUGGGAACGCUCCGCAGGGCAACAGGCUGUAGGAACCCAAACGUUGGAUAGCAGUGCCAACAUAGUGACUUUGCCAAACCUGAGGCCCUGGACAUGGUACUGUGUAAGAGUCCAGUCAUGCUACGACUUUUACAACAAGAAGAGCAUUUUCAGCUCGCCACACUGUAUGCAGACCGAAGGUGCCACUCCGUGGUGGCAAAUCUUAGUGUACUUCCUGCUCUCCCUUGGGACCGUCUUCUUGGUCAUGUUGCUAUCACUCUCCAGCGGUUUUUGGUGCUACAAGACUCUUAAGGAAACGUGGUUCCCAUCUGUCCUCCUGCCUACACCAUUCCAGUAUCUCCGUGACGACAUUCCUCGGCUCCUCUCCCCGCAAUCAGACUCCGAGCUGUUGUGUGAUAAGGUGACUAUUGAACCACCAUUCCUGAACAUCCACGUUCUUCCCCCUGAGGCUGUCCCAGCACCCCUCUCAGGCCUGCAGCCAGACAGCAGACAUAGUCGUCAGGACAGCAGUGGCAGUGGAGACUCGGGAGUGUACUCCACAGGGGGCAGCUCCAGCCUGCGGCAGCCCAACAGCAUCCAUUCCUCCACGUUAGCCAAAGUCUUUGACUUAGUGCAUGUGAAGAUGGAGGACAUGGCUCCAGCACUCAAGGCUCAACAUGUGAACGAGGACGUUGUAGACAUGUGCGUCUGAAGGAAAGCAUGCAAAAAGAUUUGUUGAGCAGAGCAGGAAGUGAGAAGGACUGAGGUUUGUGGUAAUAUGUGCAGCGUGCCUUUUCUCCAGCCUCACUGUGAAACAAAAAAAGGACCUUUACCAGCACGAGAUGAUGUGUCAUAGACACAGCCACACCCAGAAGACUGAUCCGCUGUGAUGUAAUCCAAUGUUUUCAUCUCGCUACUGAAAUUCUCUGGUUCUUUGCUGA